AUGAGCCAAACACCACGACUCAUUCCUGUUAAUGAUUUUAUUCUUUGUAAUCUUCAUGUAAACGCACAUAAAUUUCAAAUAACUACUUCAAUUGCUUCUUGUUGUGAUGUUUGUGGCUCAAGUAUUACUCCAUUCAGUCGGGCAGUAAAAUGUGAAACGUGUAAUUUAUUAGUUCAUGAAGAUUGUACUGGGUAUUGUUAUUUACCUUGCUUUUUACCACAAAAUCAGUCUCAAUCUAAUUCAUUAGAGUCUUCCUCAUUAGAAGAAAUGCACAAUCAUUGUAUAAAUGGACAGCAUAUUCUUGAAAAGACGGUGAGAAUGUCUCCAACAUUUUGUACUGUAUGUAGAAGUUCUAUUGUUUCAUGUGCCUUAGGUGUAUUAAAAUGUAGAAUAUGUGGAUGUUAUGUACAUUCUAAAUGUGUUCAUGGAUUGUCUCAUCUAUGUAGACCUGUUGCAUCACCAUCAAAUAAAGAAUAUCAUUGGUUUGUUCCAGGAAAUUGCAAUUCAACUGGGUUAACAACUCACACAUGUUAUGUUUGUAAAAAGUCAGUAGGAAGUAGCCUAGCUUUAACUGAUUUUAGAUGUUGUUAUUGUGGAAUGUUUGUUCAUCCUCAAUGUAUUCAACAUGCCCCUGCUUUUUGUUAUCAUGGAGUAUUAGGCAAAUAUAUCCUUUCUCCUUCUGUUACAGAAAUGGAUAGUGAAUUUCAUUUUAAAGCAAUAAAACGAUUUGAUAAAGAGCCAAUGAUAUUCUUUAUUAAUCGGAAAAGUGGUAAUUUACUUGGUGAACAAAUUCUAAAGGAAACUCAGUACAUGUUUUCAAUUCCUCAAGUUUGUGAUGUGUUUAAAGGAUUUGAACCAACUUUUGAAUAUAUUAAACCAUAUGGUGAUAACUUCAUUGCUGUAGUUUGCGGUGGAGAUGGUACAGUUGGAUGGGUAAUGAAUGAAUUAAGAAAAGCUGAGUUAAAACCAAAGAUUUUUGUUAUUCCUUUAGGUACUGGUAAUGAUCUUUCACAUUGUACUGGAUGGGGAGGAGGAUAUAAUGGGGAAGAUAUUGAAGAUCUACUUAGGAAUGUAUCCCAGGCAUUAGUUCAAAAAUUAGAUAGAUGGCAAGUAUCAAUCCAUUCAGAAAUUGUUGGAGAAACAAGAAAAUUAAUAUUUAAUAAUUAUUUCUCUAUUGGGUUAGAUGCUGGCAUUGCUUUAAACUUCCAUUUAAGAAGAGAGGCUAAUCCUGAUGCCUUCAACUCUAGAAUAAUAAAUAAAAUUCAAUAUGUAUUUAGUUCACCACAAGCACUAACAGAAGACUCUGGAGAUAUUGAUAAGGUUAUUACAUUAAUAGUAGAUGGAAAAAGAAUAAAAUUAGAGCCAAUGCAAGGGUUAGUUUUUUUAAAUUUAGUAACUUACGGAGGGGGAGUUAAGUUUUGGGAUAGAGUUACUCCAGACGAAACUAUUGGAGGACUAAAAGAUAGCAAUUUUGGAGAUGGAUUAGUUGAAGUAGUUGGAUUUAAGUCAAUAAUUGAAAUUCCAUUAAUUAUGUCUGGAAUGCAAAAACCUGUUAAAAUAGCACAAGGUAAGGUUAUUGAAUUAGAGCUUACAGAAAAAAAGCCAGCACAAACUGAUGGGGAGCCUUUUAUAUUAAAUCCAUGUAAGAUAGUUAUAUCUUUAUAUGAUAAAGUAAAAAUCAUGGUAAAGAAUAGCUUUUAUUAA